AUGUUGACAUGUAUUACGUGCUCAAAGCAAAGAAUUGAAGGAGACGAUGAAGGCUCGCGUGGGACUCCCAGUACAAAAGACGCCGUCAAAAGCCUGACUACACAGAUUAAGGAUAUGGCAUCGAAGGUUUCGGGAGCUUACAAACAAUGCAAGCCCGGGACUGGAGAUGGCAACUACAAGAAAGGGCCAAGAGCAUAUCCUGAAUUCGAUACUAUUUCAGAGGGAAUUCCGUACCCUUUUGUGCAGCCAGGAAGUUCAACUUCUGCUCCAGCUUGGGAUUUUGCAAGCAUUGGACAUCAUGCUGCUCGGCCGGACUCGAGAUUUAAUGGAGUGUUUAAUGGUGACAGGAUACCCGGUCGACAAGAAUUUAUCUCGGCCCAGUCUGGUGUUGUGCUUGUGCAAGAUGAAGAUGAACCAAAAGAAUGGAUGGCACAAGUGGAGCCUGGUGUUCAAAUUACUUUUGUGUCUCUCCCUCGUGGUGGGAAUGACCUUAAACAGAUACGGUUCAGCCGGGAGAUGUUCAAUAAAUGGCAAGCUCAGAGAUGGUGGGGUGAGAAUUAUGAUAGAAUAAUGGAGCUCUACAAUGUUCAGAGAUUCAACCAGCAAGCUCUCAACACUCCUGGAAGAUCUGAGGACGGGAGAGAUUCUACUUAUUCAAAGCUUGGUUCUGUCCUGGAAAGUCCUCGGAUGACUCCAUCAUUGAACAGAGUGUGGAGUCCAUCUCCAAGGUACAAACCUCCUGACCAUCUCCAAGGUGCGGCCUAUCAACAUUGCAGUGCUGGAUCAAGUGCUUACAUGGCUUGUGGCCCUAAGGGUGAAAUGUCGUCUAUGGAUGCGUCAAGAACAACCACUUCCUCACGAGACGAGGCUUCAGUUUCUGUAAGCAAUGCAAGUGACAUGGAAUCAGAAUGGAUAGAACAGGAUGAACCUGGGGUUCAUAUUACCAUCAGACAACUGGCUGAUGGCACUAGGGAACUCCGGCGUGUCAGAUUUAGCCGUGAAAGAUUUGGCGAAGUGCAUGCAAAGCUCUGGUGGGAAACUAACCGGGAGAGGAUACAGACUCGAUACCUUUGA